AUGGCUUUCUUUGAUUCGGCUGGGGUGCGCGCUGUUUGUCCCUUGAAGUUGUGGUAUGAGUACCUGCCCGGCUGCUGUGAUGCUGUCGCCGUUUCGGAUGCCUGCCAUAGCAAGCAACAACUGCAAUCAGUACAACUGCCUCGAGAACACCGAGACAUAGCCGACGUUCCCGUUCUGCUUCUUUACCAGCAGUUCCACAUGCUGCUGUUGUGCGUUGGGAUCUUUCUAACAAUCACAAGUUUCCCGCAGGGUGCCUGGACUCGUAACUGCUGUAUCCUGGGUCAUUCUCUGCAGCCAUCAAACGCCAUGAAACACCUUCACUUCCGCACCCUGUUUGCAGGCCGUUGA